AUGCUAAGGGCGUGCCAUAAGAGAUGUGCAGACAGGACGCUCGAGGUGAUCGAGAAGAACGGCUCGAUAUUCAUUAAGCUGGGACAACACCUGUCGUCCAUGGGAUAUCUCUUGCCACAUGAGUGGACUGACACGUUCAUCCCCUUGCAAGACAAAUGCCCUGUGUCGUCGUACGAGUCGAUUGAGGAAAUGUUCCUGAAGGAUACUGGACGGCGGAUCGAGGACGAUUUUCUGGAGUUUUCGCGAGAACCCAUCGGCGCUGCAUCACUGGCACAGGUUCAUACUGCAACUUUGCGGGAGGGCUCGCAGCAGGUGGCUGUCAAGGUGCAGCACCCGAGUCUGGAGGAGUGGGUGCCACUCGAUCUUUCCCUCACUCGAUUCACGUUCAAGACGUUGAAAAGAGCCUUUCCUGACUACGAUCUGGAGUGGCUUAGCAACGAGAUGGAGUACUCCUUACCACAAGAAUUGGACUUUUCGCAAGAAGGCAAAAAUGCUAUCGAAGCUAAGCGCUUCUUCAGCGAAAAGACAACAUUUCCAUUGAUUAUCCCAAGCGUUAUUUCUGCGAGCAAACGGAUCUUAGUCAUGGACGCAGUGAGAGGAGCCAGGAUCGACGAUCAAGAGUACCUCAACGAACACUCCAUCUCGCGGUCAGAAGUGAGUGCUACGCUGGCACGAAUCUUCAACACCAUGAUUUUCCAGACUGGGGCGCCACUGCAUUGUGAUCCCCAUGGUGGGAAUAUCGCGAUCCGACACAACCCACGGCGACGGCGUCCCUACAACUUUGACAUCAUUCUGUACGACCACGGCCUAUACCGACACCCUACAGACAGUAUACGCCGGAACUACGCGAAGCUGUGGCUAGCGGUGAUCGACGGCGACGACGCCCGUAUGCGAAAGUACUCGUACGAACUUGCCGGCAUUACAGACGAGCAGUUCCCACUCUUCGCAUCCGCCAUCACCGGCCGAGACUACCGCGUGCUCAAGAAAGGCGGCGUCGCGACAACAGCUCGAGAUCAAACAGAAAAGGAGGGCAUUGACGAAGUGUUCGGCGAGAACCUGCUUCGUCAGCUGGUUCAACUGCUGGGCAACGUUCCUCGAAUCAUCCUGCUCAUCCUCAAAACCAACGAUCUGACCAGAAGUCUUGACGAAAGUCUGGGCAGUCCCGAGCCAAUGCGGCCGAUGAUGAUUCUGGCCAAGUACGCCAGCUGGACAGUGUGGGAGGAACAGAAAGAGAUCUUGCGUAAGGCAGGGGGAUUGCUGUGGCCCCCGGGUAAUGCGAUCCGGCUGUUGGUCGCUUGGUGUGGGUUCAUGCGUGUGGAGUUGAAGCUGUUUGCAUUUGAGCGGUAUCUGAGUGUUAGGAGACAUUUGCAUCUGGAUUCGUAA